GAUCUUCAUCAUCUGGGCCAUCAGCAGCUGGUUCCGCCGGGGUCCAGCCCCCCAGGAGCAGAGCAGCCCGGGGGGGGCACCAAGAGCUCCCAGCAGGAACCUCUUCCCCAAGGACACUUUGAUGGAUCUCUACGUGUACAUCUCGGAGCACGAGCACUUCACGGAUUUCAACCUCAGCUCUGCCCUGUUCUGGGAGAAGAGGGACCUGGUCUAUGGAGACUGGACCAGUGGGGACAACUCUGAUGGCUGCUACGAGCACUACGGGGAGGUGGACAUCUCCCAGAGUGUCCAGCAGAACGGGUCCAUCUACAUCCAUGUCUACUUCACCAAGAGUGGUUUCCACCCUGACCCCAGGCAGAAGAACCUCUACAGGCGCUUGGCCACGGUCCACACGUCCAGAAUGAUCAACAAAUACAAACGCCGACGGUUCCAGAAGACCAAGAACCUCCUGACAGGGGAAACUGAGGCAGAUCCUGAGAUGAUCAAGAGGGCAGAAGAUUAUGGACCCGUGGAGGUCAUUUCCCACUGGCACCCCAACCUGACCAUCAACAUGGUGGAUGACCACACACCCUGGGUCAAGGGCAGUGUCCCACCCCCCCUGGACCAGUACGUCAAGUUUGAUGCCAUCAGUGGUGACUACUUCCCCAUCCUCUACUUCAACGACUACUGGAACCUCCAGAAGGACUAUUUCCCCAUCAACGAGACCCUCCAGCGCCUGCCCUUCCGUCUGUCCUUCUGCCCCUUGUCCCUCUGGAGGUGGCAGCUCUACGCAGCCCAGAGCACCAGGUCCCCCUGGAACUUCCUUGGAGAAGACCUGUACGAGCAGUCGGACGAGGAGCAGGACUCGGUCAAGGUUGCCCUCCUGGAGACCAACCCCUACCUGCUGGCCCUGACCAUCGUGGUCUCCAUCGUGCACAGCAUCUUCGAGUUCCUGGCCUUCAAGAACGACAUCCAGUUCUGGAACAGUCGCCAGUCCCUGGAAGGUCUUUCUGUCCGUUCUGUCUUCUUUGGGGUCUUCCAAUCCUUGGUGGUUCUUCUCUACAUCUUGGACAACGAGACCAACUUCGUGGUUCAAGUCAGUGUCUUCAUUGGGCUCCUCAUCGACCUCUGGAAGAUCACCAAGGUCAUGGAUGUCCGG